AUGCCUGAAGGUCACAGUUCAACCGAUGGACGCGUCUCCAAGACCUCUGGGCGUAUCCAAUCAUUUAACGAGUCAAAUAUCGCCGCGUUGGAACGAGAGCUUGACGCGCCCGAUGACCAACUGCGGCACCGCUUGAACAGCCAUCCGGCUCGCUCAGCUCGUGUGGCUGCUCCUAGGACACUUGAUGAUGCACAGGAAAAUAUCUUGAUUCAGUGGAUUCAGCAGGUGAAGGAGCUAUCCUCUCUUCCUACAGCAACUCAAAUCACGACAAGCGCGAACCAAAUUUUGAAUCUCGACCGAAACAACACCACUACUAUUAGCAAGGCUUGGGUUGAUCGCUUCAUCGAACGCCUACCGGAUGACUUGAAGCCGUCUAAAGCACGACUAUCCAAGAAAAAAUACCUCGAGUCAUCCGAUCUUGAGACUAUGCAGCAUUGGUUUGACCGUCUGGGGGCAUUGGUCGCCGGGGUUUCCUCGGAAAACAUCUAUAAUUUCGACGAAACAACCUUCCGAAUCGGUGAGGGAAUGAGACCUCGUAUGGUCAUCACUAGUAGCCUCCGUGACCGACCUGUUUACGACACGGAUAGAAACUACACUGAAUGGAUAACCACGAUCGAGUGUCUCGCCGCCAACGGGUGGACAGCAGAUCCAUUUCUCGUUUUUCAAGGCGAAUAUUUUCUCGAGGACUGGUUUGAGGUUGAGGGCCUUCCCAAACAAGCUACCUUUACUCUUUCGCCGAACGGUCGGAUAACUGAGAAGACUGGAUGGGAAUGGAUCCAAUUUUUCCAUCGCAAGACCAAAGACCGCGUCGCAGACGGGCAGCAGCGGCUUUUACUCUUCAGGGGCCAACCUCAAUAUUUGACUUACAAAUUCCUCCGAUUUUGCGAGCAACACUUAAUUGUCCCAUUCUGCUUUCCACCGAAUAUCGGCCAUUUUAUGCAACCUUUCGACGUCAAGGCUUUCCAAGAUUACAAGCAGUAUUGGAAGCAAAAACACUACAGCUGCUUUGCUCCACCUGACGAUGCCGAUGACGAGAAAUCAGACUUUAUGGAGGGGUUCCCUCCUGUUCGUGAGAAAGCAUUGAGACCCCAGGUCAUUACCGAUGCGUUUGCCGACCAAGGCAUAUUUCCGUUCGAUCCGUCUAGGAUGAUUCAGCCCCUUCAACAGGAGUUAUAG